UACAUAGUUACGUUACUGAAUACAAACAAGUAUCACACAAAAUAAGCAUGUAUUCGUUGCAUCGAUUUCCUCGUAGAAAAGGUUCUCUUAAAUGAGUAUCAGAUGCGUCAGAAUGUUUCACCAAAAGUGCAGACAGGGUUUGUAUCCGUCCAGCAACGUAAAACGAUUUGCAGUACCGGAAGAGAAAGUUCCGUGGACAGUCGAAUAUGCCGAUUAUAAACCAGUGGAAUACAAUGCUGCUGCUCUUCUGGGUAAACCUUGGGCCGAUCCGGAUAUACACGUGUCCUGUUUCAAACCAAAAUGGAACGUUUUGGACGGUAAAGUGAAUCGAAAAAGUUUCACGGGCGAUUACGUCGUAAACUCGGAUGGUUAUCCUUUGAACCCUGUGGGACGGACCGGUAUCGUUGGUCGAGGGCUCCUAGGUCGAUGGGGACCGAAUCACGCUGCCGAUCCGAUCGUUACACGAUGGAAACGCGAUAACACGGGAGCUGUACAAACGGACGAGCACACGGGAAAACCAGUUUUGCAAUUCGUCGCGAUACAAAGAAGGGAUUCCGGAGAAUGGGCUAUACCGGGAGGUAUGGUCGAUCCAGGAGAGACGGUCUCCGCUACUUUAAUGAGAGAAUUUAUGGAAGAAGCGCUGAACGUUUUGGAAAAAAAUGACACCGAAAAAGAAACCCUUCAAAAUUCUAUAAAGGAAUUUUUCACAAAAGGAAAGGAGAUUUACAAAGGAUACGUGGACGAUCCGCGAAAUACGGAUAACGCUUGGAUGGAGACGGUGGCUAUAAAUUUUCACGACGAGGACAAUGCCGUGAUCGGAAAACUCGCAUUGAAGGCUGGGGACGACGCGCGCGACGUAAGAUGGAUGGACGUGAAUUGUGAAAUAAAUUUGUACGCUAAUCACAGCGAAUUUAUAAGAAAAACUGUAUUGGAACACAACGCGCACUGGUAAAGCACAACGUACGAUUCCUGAUUGCAAUGAGUUGUUCUCGAAGAAAGGAACGUGUUCUUAAAAAUUAUUUACAACUUCUAUAUAAAAAAAAAUUUAUUUUUGUACUAUUGUACGUACUAUCUGUAUGUACGCUAUUUGUGCAACGCACAAAUCAAACGUCGUUACUAUUGUUUGUACCAAUAUAUGAAUCUUAAAUCUAA